AUGGAUAACACGGAUAUUAUUGUUCUUACUUUGCUCUUCCUGGGUCUGGCAUUGUACUACAACAGAGAGACCAUUAGGUACAUAUUCUCCUCCGAUGACGACGAUGUUACCGCUGUCAACUCGUCUGGGUCCAGAGACAUUGUCCAAGUAUUGCUAGAAAACAACAAAAAUUACUUAGUUCUUUAUGCUUCCCAAACAGGGACUGCGGAGGAUUAUGCCAAAUCAUUCUCCAAGGAAUUGAGUAGUAAGUUCUCGUCAUUAAAUGUCAUGUGUGCUGAUAUUGAAUCAUACGAUUUUGAUACUUUGAAUUCGCUACCUAAAGAUAUUAUUGUCUCUUUCUUUAUCUCCACGUAUGGUGAAGGUGAUUUUCCCGAUGGAUCCUUCUCAUUUGAGCAAUUUAUAAUCACUGCAAGUGAUGAUGCAUUGUCUUUGAAUAAUGUGGAUUUCACAAUUUUUGGAUUGGGGAAUUCUACUUAUGAAUUUUAUAAUGGUGCUGCUAAGAAAUGUAGAAAAUAUUUGGUUGGUGCUGGUGCUACACAAUUGGGCCCUCUAGGGGAAGGUGAUGACGGAAGAGGAACCACUGAUGAAGAUUAUUUGGCGUGGAAGGAGGAAAUGUUGGAAAUUUUAAAAAGCAAAUUGCAAUUGAGUGAAAGAGACCAAAUAUUUUCUCCUUCAUACGAUUAUAUUGAACUAUCUGAAAUUAAUGAUUCUGUUGCUUUGGGAGAACCUUCCAAAGAAUAUUUGCCUAAUGAAAAAUUGAAUGUAAAUGCCCAAGGUGUUCAAGUCGGACCUUUCGAUCAUUCCCAUCCAUAUGUAGCGCCUGUCACUUCUUCCAGAGAAUUAAUCAGUAAUAGUGAGGAUAGACAUUGCGUUCAUAUCGAAUUUGAUUUAAGAGGAUCCAAUUUGAAAUACUCAACUGGUGAUCAUGUUGCCAUUUGGCCAUCUAAUCCCGUUGAAAAAGUCAAUCAAUUUAUUAAAGUGUUUAACUUGAACCCUGAUGAAAUCUUUGAAUUGAAAUGUUUAGAUGAAACUAUAAAACCUCCUUUUCCUACCCCUACCACUAUUCAUGCCGCAGUAACCCAUUAUAUGCAAAUUACCGGACCUGUUUCAAGACAAUUCAUUACUCAACUGGUUCAGUUUGCACCAAAUGAUGAAAUCAAAGAAAGAUUGGUUACUCUAUCUAAGAACAAGGAAAAAUUUGCUGAUGAAAUUACAUCUAAAAAUUUAAACAUUGCUGACAUCAUUGAUAUCAUUAACAAGGAUUCCGAAAAACCAUUCAUUGCGCCCUGGAAUUUCUUAAUCGAAUCUAUUGUUCGAUUACAGCCACGUUAUUACUCCAUUUCUUCCUCAUCUUUAUCUGAAAGACAAACUGUUCAUGUCACUGCGGUUGUUGAAUCGUCAUUUAAUGAAGUUACCAAUAACGCCACUGUAGGUAUUACCACUAACUUGUUAAGAAAUAUUGAACUUGUUCAAAACGAUGAAAAUGAUUCCAAUCUCCCUGUACAUUAUGAGUUAGAUGGUCCACGUCACCUAUUCGAGUCAUUUAAGUUACCUAUCCAUAUUCGCCGUUCCACUUUCAAACUACCCAGCAAUCCGCAGACUCCGAUAAUUAUGGUGGGACCUGGUACAGGUGUGGCACCAUUUAGAGCGUUCAUUAGAGAACGUGUCAAGUUUUUGGAAACUAAUAAUGAUAAUUUAACUUUGGGGAAGCAUUUAUUAUUUUAUGGUUCGAGAAAUCAUGACGAUUUUCUUUAUAAAGAAGAAUGGCCCAUUUAUGCUGAAAAACUGGGUGAUUCAUUUGAAAUGAUAGUGGCCCAUUCGAGGUUGGACCCCGGUAAGAAAGUUUACGUACAACAUAAUCUAAAGGAAAGAUCCGAGGAAGUUUUCCAGUUGAUUUCACAAGGUGCAUUCAUCUACGUUUGUGGUGAUGCUCAAGGAAUGGCUAAGGAUGUUAAUGAAACUUUGAUCAAGAUAUUAGCAGAGGGAAAAAACAUUAAGGAAUCUGAAGCAUCAGACAUUAUUAAGGCUUUGAAGGUAUCAGGAAAAUUCCAAGAGGAUGUAUGGUGA